AGCUCGGCGCCGUUUAAACGCCUGCGGUUUUCCGGCGUCUGCCUGGCGAACUGGGGAGUGGCUUGCGUGAUACGGCUUUUGUACACGCUCGUGUUAUUGCUUAAUGCAGUUUUAAAAUCGAGGUUGCUAUUGAGGGUGGUCAAAUGAGUGACCUCGUGGAAGAAAACUGCAAGAAAAGCUAUUCUUCCCAGGAAAUAUCCGCAGAAAAAAAUGUGUCUCCUGCAGAGGACUGCUCAAUAAGACACAAAAAUUUGCAAAAACUCGAGAAACAAUUAAAAUGCUUAGCCUUUCAAAAUCCAGGACCUCAGGUAGCUGACUUCAAUCCUGAAACUAGACAGCAGAAAAAGAAAGCAUGCAUGUCACAGAUGAAACAAAAUUUUUUUUAUGAGUCCAAAUUUACAAAGAAGUAUGACAGACAUGGCAGGCUGCUUUGUAAUGACAUAGAUUUAUGUGAUUGCCUGGAAAUGGACUGCCUGGGUUGCUUCUAUCCUUGCCCCAAAUGCAACUCAAACAAAUGUGGGCCAGAAUGUCGCUGCAAUAGAAAAUGGGUUUAUGAUAUGAUGGAGACUGAAACUGGGGAUGUGAUCAGUGAGCUACCAUUUUUUGUCCCUGACUGAUUAUAUUCUGUUUGGUUUUGUGCCUGAACAUUGUUCUUUUUAAUUCAAGUUUUA